GAAUUCCACUUCCGCGCGCGCGCGGGUCAAAAACGUGGGUGCCCGGGGGGGCAAAGGCUGCGGAGCGCUGCGUGAUGCAGGUGCUGCGGUUCUAUGUGCGGCCGGGCCCCCCCGAGCAGGUGGGGGGUGCUGGGGGGGCCCCCCUGGGGCUGGGAUUGGGGUCCCCCCUGCGGGUGGCCCGAGCCGUGGAACCGGGGGUCACCGCUGUCACCUGCGAGCUCUGCUACUACCUGGCCUGGGACGGGGAGGACCCCCCCGACGCGGAGGAAAGCCGGAUCCUGCGCUGGGUCUUGGGGUCCCCCCUGGGGCAGGGGGAGGAGGUGGCCCCCCAAAGUUUCCUGCGCCCCCACGGCCCCCACCUGCUGCUGGAGAUCGGGCCCAAGCUGGGGGUCUGCACGGCCGCCUCCACCAACGCCGUCUCCCUCUGCCGGGCGGCCGGGCUGGGCCGGGUGCAGCGAGUGGAGCGAUCCCGGCGCCUCCUGCUCCAGUUCGAGGGGCAGCCGUCGCGGGGGGCAGCGGAGCGGCUGGGGCGGGCGCUGCGGGACCCCAUGACGGAGCAGCUGUACCCCGAGCCGCUGGCCACCUUCGAGGUGCCCGUGCGCCCCGUCCCCGUCACCACCAUCGACGUCCUGCGGGGCGGCCCCCCCGCCCUGGAGCAGGCCGACCGCGAGCUGGGCCUGGCCUUCGACCCCUGGGACGUGCAGUACUACACCCGGCUCUUCCGCACCGCCGGCCGCAACCCCACCUCGGUGGAGGCCUUCGACCUGGCCCAGUCCAACAGCGAGCACAGCCGCCACUGGUUCUUCAAGGGGCGGCUGGUGGUGGACGGGCAGGAGGAGCCGCAGUCGCUCUUCCAGAGCAUCAUGGGAACCCAGAGCUCCAGCAACCCCAACAACGUCAUCAAGUUCUCCGACAACAGCAGCGCCAUCCGGGGGGUUCCGGUGACGACCCUGUGGCCGCGGGACCCGGCCGAGCCGAGUUCUUUUGAGAAGAGGACGACCAUCCGGCACGUCAUCUUCACCGCCGAGACCCACAACUUCCCCACGGCUGUGGCCCCCUUCAGCGGGGCGACCACGGGGACGGGGGGCCGGAUCCGGGACGUGCAGUGCACCGGCCGCGGCGCCCACGUCAUCGCCGGCACCGCCGGCUACAGCUUCGGCAACCUGCUCAUCCCCGGCUAUGAGCUGCCCUGGGAAGACGGGGCGCAGCCGUACCCCAAAUCCUUCGCCCGCCCCCUGGAAAUCGCCAUCGGGGCCAGCGACGGCGCCAGCGACUACGGCAACAAAUUUGGGGAGCCCGUGCUGGCUGGUUUCGCCCGCUCCUUCGGGCAGGUGCUGCCGGGGGGGCAGCGGCGGGAGUGGAUCAAACCCAUCAUGUUCAGCGGUGGCAUCGGCGCCAUCGAGGACGACCACGUCCGUAAGGAGCCCCCCGAACCCGGGAUGCUGGUGGUGAAAGUGGGGGGCCCCGUGUACCGCAUCGGCGUCGGGGGGGGGGCCGCCUCCUCCAUCCAGGUGCAGGGGGACAACGCGGAGGAGCGGGACGCGGGGGCGGUGCAACGGGGGGACCCCGAAAUGGAGCAGAAGAUGAACCGGGUGCUGCGGGGGUGCAUCGAGAGCGGGGGGGGGAACCCCAUCUGCAGCAUCCACGACCAGGGGGCUGGCGGCAACGGGAACGUCCUGAAGGAGCUCAGCGAGCCGGCGGGUGCCGUCAUCUACGCCAGCCGCUUCCAGCGGGGGGACCCAACGCUGAGCGUGCUGGAGCUGUGGGGCGCCGAGUACCAGGAGUCCAACGCGCUGCUGGUGCGACCGCCCCGGCUGGGGCUGCUGCGGCGUCUGGCCGCCCGCGAGCGCUGUCCCCUCUGCGUGGUGGGGACCGUCACCGGGGACGGGCGGAUCGUGCUGGUGGAUGACCUGGAGGCGCCGGUGCCCGAGGGGGGGUCCCACGAGGGGCUGCCCACCCCCGUCAACCUGGAGCUCGAGUGGGUGCUGGGCAAGAUGCCCCGCAAGGAGUUCGUGCUGCAGCGGGUGGCCCCCACCCUGCGCCCGCUGGCGCUGCCCCCGGGGCUGUCGGUGCGGCAGGCGCUGGAACGGGUCCUGCGGCUCCCGGCCGUGGCCAGCAAGCGCUACCUCACCAACAAGGUGGACCGCUCGGUGACGGGGCUGGUGGCCCAGCAGCAGUGCGUGGGGCCCCUGCACACGCCGUUGGCCGACGUGGCUGUGGUGGCCCUGUCCCAUUUCGACACGGUGGGGGCGGCCACGGCGCUGGGCGAGCAACCCAUCAAGGGUCUGCUGGAUCCGGCCGCCGGCGCCCGCCUGGCCCUCACCGAGGCCCUCACCAACCUCGUCUUUGCCCGCGUCACCGAUCUCCGCGACGUGAAGUGCUCGGGGAACUGGAUGUGGGGGGCAAAGACAGGGGCGGAAGGUGGGGCGCUGGUGACGGCAUGCGAGGGGCUGGUGGGUCUCCUGCACCGCUUGGGCGUGGCCAUCGAUGGGGGCAAGGACUCGCUCAGCAUGGCCGCCCGCGUCGGCACCGAGACCGUCCUGGCGCCCGGCACCCUGGUGGUCUCAGCCUACGCCGUCUGCCCUGACAUCACGGCCACCGUCACCCCUGACCUCAAGUGUCCUGAUGGCAAAGGAGCCCUACUGUGGGUGCAGCUGAACCCGGGGCGACACCGUUUGGGGGGCAGCGCCCUGGCCCAGGUCUUCUCGCAGUUGGGGGACGCCUGCCCCGACCUGGAGGACCCCGGGGUGCUCGACGCUGCCUUCCGCGUCACCCAGCGCCUCAUCGAAGAGCGGGUGCUGAGCGCGGGCCACGACGUGAGCGACGGGGGGCUGCUGGGCUGCCUGCUGGAGAUGGCCAUGGCCGGCAACUGCGGUCUCCAGGCGGACGUGGCCACCGUCCCCCCCGAUGCCACCCCGCUGGCCGUGCUGUUUGCCGAGGAGCCGGGGCUGGUGCUGGAGGUGCCGGUGGGCACCAGCGUGGACAUCUGCCGCCGCUACCAGGAGGCCGGCGUGCGCUGCGUCCCCAUCGGUCACAGCGGCCCCUACGGGCCCGACGCCACGGUUGAGGUGGUGGUGGCCGGCACGUCCGUGCUGUCCGAGCCCGUGGGUGACCUGCGGGCGGUCUGGGAGGAGACCAGCUUCCGGCUGGAGCGGGAGCAGGCGGCCGUGGACUGUGUGGCCCAGGAGGAGGCCGGGCUGCGCCGGCGCCAAGGACCUACCUUCAACCUCACCUUCGACCCCCUCGAGGAGCUCCCCCUGCUCCAGCACAUGGAGCUGCCGGGGCCGCGGGUGGCCGUGCUGCGGGAGGAGGGCAGCAACGGGGACCGGGAGAUGGCGGCCGCCUUCGUCAUGGCCGGCUUCCAGGUGUGGGACGUCACCACGCAGGACCUGUCCUCGGGCUCUGCCACCCUCGACGGUUUUCGGGGGCUCGUCUUUGUGGGGGGGUUCAGCUACGCCGACGUCCUCGGCUCCGCCAAGGGCUGGGCAGCCGCCGUGCGCUUCCACCCGCGGGUGGGGGGCACCCUCGCCCGCUUCCGCCAGCGCCCCGACACCUUCAGCCUGGGGGUCUGCAACGGCUGCCAGCUGCUGGCCCUGCUGGGCUGGGUGGGGCCCCCCCAAGAGGAGGGGGCCCCCCCCGCGGUGGCGCUGAGCCCCAACCUCUCGGGGCGUUUCGAGUCGCGGUUCGUGGCCGUGAGGGUGGAGCCGGGGCCCUCCCUGAUGCUGCGCGGGAUGGAGGGCGCCUGCCUGGGCGUCUGGGUGGCCCACGGAGAAGGCCGGUUCCAAUUCCGAACUCCCGAGGGGUUGCAGAGGGCGUUGGGGGAGGGGCUGAUCCCCCUUCGUUACGUCGACGAUUCGGGGGUCCCCACGAGCGAGUACCCCCUGAACCCCAACGGGUCCGGGGGGGCGGCGGCUGCGCUCUGCUCGCCCUGCGGCCGUCACUUGGCCGUGAUGCCCCACCCCGAGCGGGGGGUGCGAACUUGGCAAUGGCCUUGGCGACCCCGGGUUUGGGACCGUGGGGAGAUGGGGGGCACGGAAGCUCCUUGGCUUCGGAUGUUCCGGAACGCUCGGGUGUGGUGUUCGAGUUGGCCCCACGGUCGGGUUUGAAGUAGAGGAUUCGUGGUGGUUGACGCAUGGAUGGACCCAUGGAUGGACCCAUAGAUAGACCCAUAGAUGGACACAUGGAUGGACCCAUAGAUAGACCCAUAGAUAGACCCAUAGAUGGACCCAUGGAUGGACACACAGAUGGACACAUGGAUGGACACACAGAUGGACACAUGGAUGGACCCAUAGAUAGACCCAUAGAUAGACUCAUAGAUGGACCCAUGGAUGGACACACAGAUGGACACAUGGAUGGACCCAUAGAUAGACCCAUAGAUAGACCCAUAGAUGGACCCAUGGAUGGACACAUGGAUGGACACAUGGAUGGACCCAUAGAUAGACCCAUAGAUAGACUCAUAGAUGGACCCAUGGAUGGACACACAGAUGGACACAUGGAUGGACCCAUAGAUAGACCCAUAGAUAGACCCAUAGAUGGACCCAUGGAUGGACACAUGGAUGGACACAUGGAUGGACCCAUAGAUAGACCCAUAGAUAGACUCAUGGAUGGACCCAUGGAUGGACACAUGGAUGGACACAUGGAUGGACCCAUGGAUAGACCCAUAGAUAGACCCAUGGAUGGACCCAUAGAUGGACCCAUAGAUGGAACCAUAGAUGGAACCAUAGAUGGACCCAUAGAUAGACCCACGGAUGGACCCAUAGAUGGACACACAGAUGGACACAUGGAUGGACCCAUAGAUGGACCUAUAGAUGGACCCAUGGAUGGACCCAUGGAUGGACCCAUAGAUGGACACACGGAUGGACACAUGGAUGGACCCACAGACGGACCCACGGAUACACGGAUAGACCCACACAAAAGGACCCAUGGAUGGACCCAUAGAUGGACCCACAGACGGACCCACAGACGGACACACAGAUGGACGCAUGGACAGACCCAUGGACGGACCCAUGGAUGGACCUGAAACAUGGGCAGCCCCACGGCUGCCCCGACCCACGGACGGACCCAUGGACAGACCCAUGGACAGACCCAUGGAUGGACCCACGGAUGGACCCACGGAUGGACCUGACCAACGGGCAGCCCCACAGCUGCCCCAUGGUGAGCCCUGACCCACGGACAGACCAACGGAUGGACCCACGGACAGACCCGCCCCACACAUGGACCCACAGCCAGUCCUGCCCCAUGGCCAGCCCCACAGCCACCCCACGGCUGCCCCACAGAGAGCCCUGACCCCACCCCCUCCCCCCUCAGCAGUGACCAAUGGGAGCUGAACCCCAUCUCCUCAUCCACCAAUAGGAAGCCCGGGCCACAGAGGGGGCGGGGCUUGAAUAAAAUGUUCUGGAUACGGUCA